AUGCCUUCCACCUCUCCUGGCGACAACACUCCCUCGACCUUCACAGACAUCCUGCCCGGCGCGCCAACGACAUCUCUACAAACACUUGCGACCUUCGUCUUCCGACACAAACGAUACAUCGCGUACACAUCAGGCCGACAACUCAGUAUUCUAUCCUCUCCAACAACCCUCGUACAGGCCCUUAUCUUCCCGGAUGAUCUUAUUGCCAUUGCCUCUGAAUCAACUACAGGCAAGGUUGCCGUAGCGAGCAAGAAUGAUGUCUGGGUCCUUGAACCGCAUACGGAGGGAUGGACGAAGGUGUGGUGGGAGAAGACGUUGUUCCUAGUGCGGGAGGAUGCAACAGACAAGGCGCAAUGUCUAAGUUGGGGCAACGAGGGAGAGCUAUUGGUGGGCGGUAGUGGCCUGCUGUCUCUGUUCUCGACGCUGCCGUCUUCGAGGACAAAUUCUCCUGCACUAGAGGCAGGAGGCAGAGAGAACCUGGAAGGCAGGCGGCCAUUGUGGUGCAAGGAGAUCAGCUCGGCUGUGCAGUAUGCCGCGUUCAGUCCCAGCGCAGAGCUCAUUGCGACGUCUGGUGUGUAUGAUCGAUUGGUGAAGAUAUGGCGCCGGCUGUCGUUCGAGGAGGGACUGUUUGACUACACUUACCUCCCUCAUCCUGGCACCGUGGCACAUCUCCAAUGGCGUCCACUGGACACGCACGACGACUCGAGACGAGAGAGCGGCAUCACCGGCCGCCACGAAGAUGACCCGGAGAUCCUCUAUACCAUUGCCGCGGACGGCCUGCUUCGGGUCUGGCGCACUGGAGGCCUUCACGACCUCGACAUUCUCGUAGUCCACACGACUGUUGACCUUGGCUCCGCAAUCCCGGAUUCUCCAUCUCUGACCAUCAAAGGCAAAGACCGGCAGCAGUACAAGCCUGCUCGAUACACCUUCACUAUCCCCGCCGAGCAAUUCUGUGACGCUGUUACCGCCGCGAUCGGCUUGCGGAAAGAGAAGCUUACGCAUUCGCUGGAACAUCUAAAGGAGACUGCAUCGCAAGAGCCAGAUCUCAUCAUCACCUUGGAUGGACAUGGCAGGAUGUCCGCCUGGGGUCUCCAAAGCAUUGGCCAUAAGCGACGGCCUGAGACGCCUACGGGAUAUUCCAAGUCUGCGUACCACAUUGCACAUACCGAAGGUCUACCCUUGAAAAUCAAGGACGGUGUGAACGCGCGAUUCGAGGCGUGGUUCGAGGAUGCGGUCAUCCAUGUUCUGGUACACCAUUUCGAUGGCAGUGUGCAGUGGUGGACGGGUGGCGUCGAAAACUUCUUUUCUCCUUCCGCGUCUGGGAACGAUAGAGUGAAAGAGGUAGGGUAUUGGAGUGGCCAUGCACAAGGUUCAAUUUCAGGCUUGAAAGGCUCUUUGGGCGGCAAUGAUAUGAUUUCAUCAGACGGCUCUGGGAAUAUCGCAAGCUGGACCCCUGACCUUGCAUCUGGACGCAUGCAUGCAUCGUCACAUCUUACUUUGGAAAGUCAGGUUCUCGACACUGCCAUACUUCCUGUGGCGCACAAUCGGGACGCGUUUAUUGCGGCGCUUGUGCGAUCAAUUUCUGACCAGUCUAAACUGGAUCUUGUGCUCUGCAGUCGAGCUGGGAAAGAACUGGGCAGAGAAGGACGUACGUUGGAAUCCGGAGAUGAUGAAGUCAAAUGGUCGCUCCACUGCAGUGGUAACGAGGAAGAGACUCUGAUUGUUGCUCUGAGCAGCAAUGGCAAUGGCUUCGUCUACUGUCUCGAAACACCAAAUCACGCUGAGUUCGGCUUGAGACCGUUUACACUCUCAGCGCCGGAGAGUGCCAAAGCCAUUGUAUAUGCAGCAGCUGUGCUCGACUCCAAGGACUUGGACAGGGUUGGCUUCGUGUGCGUCGACCAGAGUGGCGCGCUACUACUCUAUCACCUCAACAUGCAAGGCUCAGAUCCGCUGGAACCAGCUUUUGUCACGAGCUUCGAGACCGGCAAUGAGCUGGCUGUUGUCAAUCUCCGUGAUGGCUAUGUGGAGCAUCAUGCCGCAACAAAAGGACAAAUUCGUCAGAUCGUUCCAUCGUCGACGCAUCACUUGGUUGCUGUUGGUUAUGACACUGAAGUCCACGUCCUGGCGCAGGGGCGAUAUGAGCACCACGAGGACAUGCCCGCUUGGACAAUGUUGAAGCGCGUCUCCAUCGCCGGCAUUGGGCUCAAGAUUAGUGACCUGGCAUGGCUGAGCGACUGCAGUCUGGCGAUAGCAGCAGGGAACGGUAUCUGUAUCUCUAGUAGCGAGGUGCCGGUCAAGGAUCUGCAAGCUGAUAUACAGGAGGCCAUUGAUGCUAGACUGCAGUCGCAGGACAGCUACCACUUCUCAAACUUGUCUCAACAACUCAAGAAGCGGCUGCCUGUCUGGCAUCCGAGCUUGUUGGCGCAAACGGUUCGCGAUGGGCAUUGGACGCUCGCGUCGACACUGGUACACAAUUUGUGUCGCAAGCUCAAAUUCUGGAGCGAGGGCGACGACCUACACUCACUUCUCGAUGUUGAGGCAGAGCAUGUCUAUCAAAGCGAGCAAGCGCCAACGGCUGCGACAUUGGACGAUGAUCUUGUGGCGGACCUGAUGCAGCAGCUGGAAGAGAAAGACCUGCCAGAGGUGUCUCAGAAGGAGCAGCAGCAGCUCAAAAGAGUCAUCCAGGCAAUGGCCUACUGCUCACAGCACGUCAGUGGUCUUGACGGUGGUGCCCUGCGCUUCCUGUUCGCCUGGAAGCUUGAGCUGUUGCACAUGAGCGCGAAAAAGGAGAUGACUGCCGGCCAGCCCAACGGCGUCCACCCGCCCACCCCUGCACCGGUCCCUACUAUGCACUGGCGUGAGAUUACCUUCGCCCACCACAGCACAACUCAACAACCCCUCCUCGACGUCCUAAUCGCACACUACGACAACAAACUCACCUGGCCCAUGGCCCGUAGCCUUGGCCUCUUCGCCUGGCUCGUCGACCGCCAAGCUCUUGAACAAACAUUCGAAGCACUCGCGCAAUCGGCUUACCGCUCUGCUUCUCCCGCGGAUCCAAUCAACGCCAGUCUUUACUUCCUAGCCAUGCACAAGAAGCCGGCUUUGCUGGCACUGUGGAGGAUCGCGACUUGGCAUAAAGAGCAGAGAGCGACGAUGAACUUUUUGCGGCGGGACUUCGGAAACGGCAAUGCGGCGAAUCGGACUGCGGCGAAGAAGAAUGCGUAUGCGCUGAUGGGCAAGAAGCGGUUCGACUACGCUGCUGCUUUCUUCUUGCUGGCCGAGGAUCCGGCGAGUGCAACGAGCGUGCUGGCGAGUCAGUGUGAGGAUGUCAUGCUUGCGAUCGCUGUUGCGAGACUGCAUAGUGGUGAUGGUUCAGGCAUUUUGCGGAAGCUGGUUGAAGAUCGCCUUAUGUCGGAGGCCGCGAAGACUGGCGACAGAUGGUUGACGAGCUGGUGUCAUUCUAUCCUGCUCGAGCAUGACUAUGCCGCGGAGGCGCUUGUGCAGCCACUUGAGGGUUUGGUGAGGACGUGGGAGCAGGACGAUCCGGCUACGCUUGCGCUGUAUCGUGGCAUUAGAAAGGGAGCGGGGAGCGAAUAUGAGUAUGAGGCUGUGCUGAGGGCGGCGAGGGUUCUAAGAAGGAUGGGGCUGUCGCUGCUGGCUCUAGAGUUGGUGUCUCGAUGGGAGUUCAAGACACCUAGGACACCGAUGCCAAGGGGACGAGUGGACACCUUGACCAAUGGCGUGCACGAAGCACAGAUUAAGGCGGAGCCACCGUCGAUGCUUGAAGGUCUCGGUGACAAUUCUACAAACGCUACGAAAGAGCCACCCUCGAUGCUCGACGCCUUCGACGCCCCGAAACCUGCUGCGGCGCCGCCACGGGACGAGAAGGCGGCACGAGAAGCGAAAGCUGCCGAACUGCUGAAGAAGAUGAAGCAGAAGAAAGAGGCGGCUCAGCCUGCGAUCAGUGAGAAGAAACCCGAACCGACGCAGUUCAAGGAGCCCGAUGCGAAUAGCCUGCUGGAUAGCUUUGGAUUCUGA